AUGCAGAGGCUUGCUCCUCAUAUGUCGGGAGCGGAUAGCUGCCGCAACUUUGAUGGGCUUGAACCCUUCCGUGACCAGCGGGAACCACGGCCGUCUGGCAGCGGCGCGAGGAGCGGCGACGCAGUGCACGCUGCGGCUGGUCCGGUCAACGACUGGGGCGGCGGCGGCGGCGGCAGCGGCAACGCCGUGCGGGAUCCUGCAGACACCAGAAACCUAAGGGAUGCUGGGCAACACUUUCCACAAAAGAAAAGGCGCUUGAGUGAGGGCGAGUCAGAAGCGUUGAUGCGUUUUCGAGAGCUUCGCUGUGAGCGACUUGACCUGAGCGAGUUGCCCCCGUUGAUGCCGGCGAACGAUAUGCUAUCCCCGGCAGCCGCACUCACACCGUCAGGUGCUAUAUCGGCCACGAUUUCUGAAACAGAACUGCGACUGGUGCAGACAAUCGCAGAGUUUGGACAAAAUACGAAUACCCCGCGAAUUCUAGCGGCGAUCCAGGAACAUCAUCAAAAGGACCUACUGGGCAUGCCCGCUGGGACUACGCUCGGGCCCAGCAACAUGCCCAGUACGCUCAAGCCAUCGGAUUCAUUGCUCUCUAAUGCAGCGCCAGCGGGACUUUCUGGGACACUGGACGCGAUGUCGUCGCCAGCGCUCUCUCGGGACAGCGUUCCGAACGUUCCAGACUCGGGAUCGAUAACGCCGCCCAUGGACAGUAACGUUGAGCCGCUCAUGCCCGGUUCAACGCUGGAAUGGUGUCGCCAAUACGCCCGUCAGAUAAGCUGCCAAUAUGUUGACGAGCUGCGACGAAGGAUGCGGGGCUCCUGUCGACAGUGCGCGGCGCCCUACGGCUCGUGCAGUCACCGGCCAGUCGACCGCGACGCUGCGCUGGGCGAAUGGAGUGCGCUGUCGCCGUCACGCCGUCGAAUUGCGAAGAACAGGGAAACGGCAGCUGUCUCACGCUUCCGCAAAAAGGUGUACAUGGAGAGCCUCGAGCGAGCGAUUAUGAACCUGGAACGAAAAUAUAUGGAAACGAGAAAUGAACUUGCACAACUUCGCAAACUCUUUGACAUGAGCGUCACACCCGUGACACCGAUGCAUGGACGCGCGGCGCCAGCGACGCAGCCUGAGCGCAGGGCUGAGGCGGACAGUGCCGCGCGCCCGCCCUUGGCAACAGCUGCGAGUGACGCGACAGGCGCCCUGCAACUCAUGGGUGCCGUCACCGCAUCCGACGCCCUAGGCAUGCUCGAUGCCGACCGCAGCCCGCCAAAUGUGCAGCAGAGAGCACCUGGGCCGGUCGCACUGGCUGCUGAGCCCGCGGAACCGUCACCGCGACUGCUGGAGGGUUUCCUGCGUCCGCUCCUGGCCAGUGUGGGCAUCGAAGGCGAGAACGCCGCAAACGCAAUCUCCGGGGCGAUGACGACGGCACUCCAGGAUGCACAAUCGCGCUACGCCCUGCUGCAUGCGCUGCGUAUGUGCGCAGGCACCGUCGCCGGCACCCAUGAAUCCGAAGAAAACGUGGAUGCAGCCACGGACUUGACUGGGCUGGCGACCAGCCCGUGUCUUCGUCCGUCAGCAGCACGCGCUCGAGCGAAUUCCUGUUCCAAGUCGCCGGUCGAGGAUCUGGCUGGCGACGCUUCGCCGCUCGCCCUGGGUCGCAUGCACUCGUCUCCGAUGGUGUCGGCACGGGCGUCGCGCGCCUCCGGCUCCAGACCUCCGGAUUCGGCAUCCUCAGGGGCCUAG